GUUGUGGCUGCAUGCAUUGUGGCAGUCUGCAUGCUGCGUUGCUUGAUUCUUGUCGGAUUCCUCGUAGUUGGCUGCAUUAUUACAUGAAGUCAUCGCACCGUGAAAACGGAAAACUGUCGCUGUCUCAUGAGUGCUUUCUUCAGCUUCAAGACCUGCUUUUAGUAUGGCAAAUAAAGCUGAUGAGCUCCGUGAUGACACUGAAAGGCCACCACUAGUUGGUAUUUUGACAGUCAGUGACAGGUGUUACCUAGGCACCCAUGAAGACAGCAGUGGUCCUAACUUAAAGGCUAUUGUUGAGCAAGAACAAGGGUUGGCGGGACUUGUUGUGAAAACCAAGAUUGUUCCUGAUGAGCGCACUCAGAUCCAGGAUGCCCUGAUCAGCUGGAGUGAUGAAGAGAAACUGGACCUGAUCCUAACAACAGGUGGGACUGGGUUUGCUGAGAGAGAUGUUACCCCGGAGGCCACUAAGGCUAUCAUAGAGAAGGAAGCACCAGGCCUUGCUUUGUCUAUGUUGAUGGGGUCUCUACGUGUCACACCACUAGCUAUGCUUUCAAGACCUGCAUGUGGCACUCGGGGGAAGUCCCUGAUCAUCAACCUGCCUGGCAGCAAGAAGGGAUCCCAGGAAUGCUAUGAGUUUGUGUUACCUGGCCUGCGUCAUGCCAUCCAUCUUCUGAGGGGAGACAGUAAAGAAGUUGUGGCAACACAUAAGUCUAUGACAUCAGGGGUGUCUAAUGAUCACUCGGCAAGCCACGGACAUAAGUGCCACCAUGGUAAUGAUAUUCCUGAUAUGCCAGAACACCACCAUGAUAUUAGCAAAGUAGCGAGACGCCCCAGGACGUCACCAUACCCAAUGAUAACAUAUGAUGAGGCUUACUCUCUGGUAAUGAGCAAGGCAGUAGUUCUAGCCCCGCACACAAUCAACUGCAAAGAUGCACUGGGAUACAUACUCGCUAAUGAUGUGACUGCACAGCACCCUCUUCCUCCCUUCAGAGCAUCCAUUAAAGAUGGAUAUGCUGUCAUCUCAUCAGACGGGCCAGGGCCACGGCGAGUCUUGAGUGAUAGCCUGGCAGGCCAGCUGCCCAAGAGUGAACUGAUUUCAGGCUAUGUGAUCAGGAUAACCACUGGUGCUCCGGUGCCGGAUGGAGCCGAUGCUGUUGUUGAAGUUGAAGCCACGGAACUGCUCAAGGAAGCCGAUGGGGGUGAGAUUGAAUUGGAGGUUAACAUAUUGAAAGCAGUCAAGCCAGGGCAGGACAUACGGCCCGUCGGAUUGGAUAUCCAGCAGCACCAGGUGAUCCUGCAACGAGGAGCCAGGCUGGGACCCGCAGAGCUCGGGCUCUUGGCUUCUGUUGGUGUGACCCAUGUACCUGCUUACCGAAUGCCAAAGGUCGCUGUGGUGUCAACAGGAAAUGAGCUGUGUGAACCUCACCAGGAAUGCAAGAAGGGGCACAUAUUUGACAGCAAUCGAACCACCCUCCUGUCUGCUCUGGCUGAACAUGGAUUUCCCUGUGUCGAUCUGGGCAUUGCCAAGGACAAUGCAGAGAGCUUGCAAGCCACUCUCAAGUCCGCCGUCAGCCAGGCCGAUGUGGUCAUCUCAACGGGGGGCGUGUCUAUGGGGGAGAGAGACCUGCUCAAGUACUGCCUCAUGGUUGGCAUACACGCCAAGGUUCACUUUGGGAGGGUGUUCCUCAAACCGGGGAAACCUACUUCGUUUGCCACCAUCACCUCUGAGAGUUCCCAGAAGCUUUUCUUUGCCUUGCCAGGGAAUCCAGCCUCUGCCAUCGUUACCUUUAACCUGUUUGUUCUUCCUGCCCUGCGAAAGAUGAUGGGAUAUACCAACCCCAACUUGACAAAGAUUAAAGCCAAGGUUGCAUCCGAUAUCAAACUGGACCCACGACCAGAAUUCCAGCGGGUCAAGCUGGCCUGGGAGGGAGACGAACUCAUUCCCACGGCAACCAUUACAGGGAGCCAGAUGAGCAGCAGGCUUCUGAGCAUGGCAGAUGCCAAUGCCCUUCUCAUGUUGCCCUCUCAGACUGAUGGAGUAAAAGAAAUGAAGAAGGGUAGCAUCGUCGAUGCAUUGAUUAUAGGGAGAGUUUAGAUCACAUGGAUUUAAGGGCACAAUUUUUUUUUUUAAGGAGGUGUGUUCAGUGUAAUUCAUGUGCUUGAAUAAACGUUUCUAUUGUUUAAGAUGGCUGUGCAUGAAUGCGCUGAGAGUUCUGGGGGGAGACGGAUCAAAUCAGACAGUUGAUUCAUUUGCAUCUAGAGGCUGAACUCUGUUUUAGUAAACUGGUCCUUGUAUUGGUAUAUGGUGCUGUCUAACUUAUGUAUUACAUAUAUGCAAAUGCGUCCAUUGUACUUUAACCCUAAAAGAUCGAGCAGGGCUUUUGGGCGGUCUCAUAGUCACAGCUGGGGGUGUAGACUUUACCCUACCAAGAUCUUGGCUCUCCCAUGCCCAUUUUUUUUAUUUGGCACACUUGAAGAUAUUCAUUGUGAGUAUAACUGAACUUUCAAUUCAAUCCUGCAUGAGGUUUUGCCCUUUUGGUCUUUGAAAGCCACGUGAAUGGGAAAAUAUUUGGUUAACCUGUCUGUAUGUUUGUCAUAAAAUUGGUGUUGAAAUGAUCAUAUUGCACCACUGGAAAACAUCUAAAGCUUCUCAGGAGAAAAAAAUUGCAUCGUAACAAACAACAUCAGAGACAACAUUGAAGGGGUAUCCUAGCUCUUUCAGCAAUGAACCCUUUUUGUCAAUCAGUCUGCACAAAAAGGUGGUACAGACACACCUUGAACCCCCUUUCCCCACCACCCCCAGAUCAGCCCGUCUGUCCCCAGACCUUAUUAACUACCUAGGGAAAUUACAAAGUUAAUCAUCGCAUCAGAGAAGUGGAAAUUAGCUUUUGUAUUCUGGCAUCUUGUCGGACUGAAACUUAGAAGGAAGUAUAUUUCUGUUGCAAGUGUGUCGCAUUUUAAACAGAUGACUACUUGACUACACAUAGAAAAUUGGAUCAAGCAAUGAUUUGGUCGCAUUUUCCUUGCAAAAUGGUGUAACUUGAGAAUGAAACUGUGAAAUUCAAUUCAGCACUGCUGUUAUCAAGAAAAGAUAAUUUUCUGGACUUGCACAGUCACUUGACUGAAGUUUUGUGUAGUAUUUAAUUUUUCUUUUUUUUCCUGUAGACUAUAGCAUUAGAGUAGGCAGUUGUUUCAUGCAAGUAUCAAGAUUUUAUCCGUGAAGAGCCUCACGAUGUCGAAAGCUGGCUUAAAUCUACAAAAAAGACCGCCUUCCUGUUAUAGAAUUCUGUGCGACUGAAUGCUUGAACUAAAAAUCAAAUUAAGGAUAUUUGAAAUCGCCAAACCAUGGUGUGUUUUUCAUGAAUUAAAACCAGCUUUUUUGCUUCAAACUAAGUGCAUUACAAAUGCUGUAGUUGUAGUUACCGCCAAAGAGUGUGGUAGUUGCAAUUGCCCAAGUUUCUGUGCGUUUGUUAAUAUAAUACCCCACUUAAAUUUUUUACCCAUUCCUCGUACUAUCGAUAAGAUCUCAAUGAACGAGUCAGUAAUAUUCACACAGUGCCAUAGGAUGGUCCACAAAGAAAGUUGACUUGGAUGUUUCGUUAUGAUCAUUGUCUUGAAAAAAAAUCAACAUCUUGAAACUUUGGACCCGCAGCAUGAUUGAAUAAUGUCUUUUAGAAUUUCAUCGCUGGAAAGAGCUGCUUGUGUAUGUCGCAGGUCAUCCGCCAAAGAAAUUCUUCCUGCACUCUUGAAGUUGAACUGCAAGCUCUUUCGAAGUGGAUACGCCUUGUUGCAUAAGCCUUUUAAAAGAAUAAAAGAUUAAAACUAUAUGCAUAAAUAGUACUGGUAUAAUCUAAAGCAUGAGAGUCAAUCAUUGGUGAGAUGAAUAGUAUCGAUAGCAGGUGCUUUUGACUUAUCAUCCAAUUGCAGACAUUGGUCCUUGAUCAGAAGACGGCUGAAACUUCAGUUUGUCAAAAGACACCUGCAAAUGGUUGGUCCCGGCCAGUGAUUGACACUGGCAGUUGUAUUUGUGGCUGGAAUUCAAUAAAAAAAUGGCAGAAAGAAAGUCA